UUUGUGAGCUGCAGUGCUUCUUCUUCUCCAGUAGUCGCCAGUAGCGAGCUAGCCCCUUAGGAGCUCCAUUGCAUCACAGAGAGGCUUAACAACACCGCGACGUUUGUAGGAAACCUUUCCGUGUGAAUUAAUUCUACACUUUAUCUUCUUUUUAUCUAUCGUGAAAAUGGACACAAGAGCUUUGAAGAAUCCUUAUCAUGACUAUGAUGGGAGCCCAGCUUCCACACAGGGUCUGUUUGACUCUCAGGGAAAGCUCACUCCGGAGUUUGCCCAGAGGCUGAGCAGCACGAUCAGCGAACUUUUAGCUGUCAUGGAAAAUGGCCUGAUGUCUGCUGAUCCAAGAGACUGCACUGCUUACACUGGGUGGGCAGGCAUUGCUUUGCUCUACCUGCACCUCCACAGUGUGUUCAGAGAGGUCUCCUUCCUGCAGAAGGCCUUGGAGUACGUCAGCCGCAGCCUGAAGUCCCUGACCCGACGUCACGAUGUCACCUUUCUGUGUGGAGACGCCGGGCCGCUGGCCGUAGCUGCGGUGGUUUAUUCUCGCCUUCAGAGGGCGCAAGAGGCUGAAGAAUGCAUCAGCAGACUGAUGCAGUAUUACCAGAUGGUGGUGAACGGGUCAGGUGGGCUGCCAGAUGAGCUGCUCUAUGGGCGGGUGGGAUACCUCUACUCCCUCGUCUUCAUCAACCAGCAGCUUGGUCAGGACAGGAUCCCGCUGCAGUACAUCCAGCAGAUCAGUGAGGCCGUGCUGGCGUCAGGCGAACACCUCAGCAGGAAGUUCAGGGUCCAGAACCAGAGCCCGCUGAUGUAUGAGUGGUACCAGGAGCAGUAUGUCGGUGCCGCUCAUGGGCUCGCAGGCAUCUACUAUUUUCUUAUGCAGCCAGGCUUUGUCGCAGCAGAGGAGCACGUGCACAGGCUGGUGAAGCCCAGCGUCGACCACGUCUGCCGCCUCAGGUUCCCCUCAGGGAACUACCCUCCGUGCAUGGGGGACGACCGGGACCUGCUGGUGCACUGGUGCCACGGAUCCCCUGGGGUGAUCUACAUGCUCCUGCAGGCGUAUAAAGUUUUUGGGAUCCCUCAGUACCUGGAGGAUGCUCUGCAGUGUGGAGAGGUGGUGUGGCGCUGGGGUCUGCUGAAGAAAGGGUAUGGCCUCUGCCACGGCGCCGCUGGGAAUGCCUACUCCUUCCUGGGUCUCUAUCGGCUAACACAGGACCCCAAGCACCUUUACAGAGCCUGCAUGUUUGCAGAUUGGUGCAUGAACUACGGAAGGCACGGAUGCCGGACACCAGACACCCCCUUUUCUCUUUUCGAAGGCAUGGCUGGCACCAUCUACUUCCUGGCAGACCUUUUGCAGCCAAUGAGAGCGAAGUUUCCAGCUUUUGAGGUCUAGAAAGUGUCCACAGUUUGUCCCCGCCCACGUCUAAACCACCCACACUGCAGAAAAUGAUAACGCAAAGCAGGCUUGCUGUCAAAACGCAUGCAAGGGCACAACAAUAUUUUCUUUAUUCCGGCAACAUAACGUCUCGUUACGCAGACGAUUCCUGUUUUAUCCCACAGAAGAGCAAAAGCUUUCUGGUGCUUAUUAGUUUUUUUUUCUGUGAUGUUUUCAGUUAUUGGAAAGAAAAGAUGAAGUGAAUUUAAAUUCUAGAUGUUCUCAUGUCUACAUUGAAAGAAAUAAUGCAUAUAAUUUUGUUUUCCUAAGUAUAACAACACUUUUUGCGAUAGUUAUUGAACAGUUCAAGCUGUGCCAUGUGAUAUUGUCUGAGCAAUACAAUUUGAAAGAAUUUCCUAUUUAGUUGUUUAUGAAUCUGUUUGUUUUGGUUUGGGUUUUUUUUUUUUUUGGUUUGGUUUUUUACAUCAGCAGCCUGGAAAAUCCACUAGAUGGCAGCAGAGAGAUAUUAGGUGAACCCAUUGAAGGUUAAUGACAGUAGGGGUUCACAACUAGAUAUGUUAAUUAGAUAAAAUCCACAUAAUGUAGAAUGAAACUCCCACAGGAAUGUAUGUCAAAUGUAAUAUUAAAGCAGUUAAAUGUCAAUUUAAUUAUUAUUCAAUUAUCUGAUUUUUUUUAGUCUACAAAUAUCGGAUAUUUGUCUCAAUAUGUUUUUUGGGAUAGACUUUUAGAGCCGUUUCUUCUCCAGAUACGGCUCCAGAAAUCCAAGCAGCGACACAAUCAGACUUUUUUAAGCCCCUCGCGCUACCCACAGGCUGUUUUAUGGCCCAAGGCCAGCUGGGAACUUGGGGAGCUGUAGAGGAGUCUGACAUGUGGUUACUGUACCAAGAGACUCUUGAGAAACAGGAGCAUAGGAGAAACCGAACACCUCCUGCAGGACUGGAAGUAAAAAUAGAGCUCAUCUGUGCCGAAGGUGUGGCCACCAAGACAAGACUGCUGCUACCAGGCACGCACUCCUAUAAAUGUCCCCCAACACUUUUCUUCUAGCUAGAAUCAAACUGGUUGGUUACAGACUAUCUGACAAUGAGUACAGUCAGGGAACGCCCUUAUAAUCUUUGUGUUGUUGAUUGGUGUUUUUUUUCCCCCUGACUUUCUGAACAAGCUGUCAAGAAAAAAAAAGGUCACAUGGAUUUAGGGUCAAAUAUUUGUAAAUAUUAUAUAAAGACAUCAUUUCUAGGCAGAAAACUGCACAAAGUCAUGCUUAUAUGUGACAUUGCCAGGAAACAUCUGAGAUUAAAUGUAUCUGAUGACAUGCAGAUGGAUGGAUUCAUGUGGUUAUGGAAAGUUUGGAGCAGAUUGGAAAAAUCAAUAAAGUUUGCAGCGUUAAUUCCAGUGAAAAUCAA